CUGUUCCUGUUCCUGCAAGGAAACGGGAGCAGCUGACUGGCAGGCGGUACUGUAGUCUGCUUGUGUUGCAGCAAAGCUUCUAGUUUACAAAAGAUACAUCAAUAAAUAAAAGGUAAACGAGCACCUGCCGAAACUCGAGCCAGGAUGUCGAGGCAGGGUAACCGAGGUACAGAGGGCAAGAAAAUGAAUUCUGAGCUGUUUACCCUUACUUAUGGAGCUCUGGUCACGCAGCUGUGCAAAGACUAUGAAAACGACGAAGAAGUCAAUAAACAGCUGGACAAAAUGGGAUACAACAUGGGCGUGCGGUUAAUAGAGGACUUUUUGGCUCGGUCGAGUGUUGGAAGGUGUCAUGAUUUUCGGGAGACGGCUGACGUUAUUGCAAAGGUGGCGUUCAAGAUGUACCUGGGCAUCACCCCGAGUGUGACCAACUGGAGCCCUGCGGGGGACGAGUUCUCCCUCAUACUGGAGAGUAACCCCCUGGUGGACUUCGUGGAGCUGCCGGACAACCACAGUGGCCUGAUCUACUCCAACCUGCUGUGCGGGGUUCUGCGAGGAGCACUGGAGAUGGUGCAGAUGGCUGUGGACGUGAAGUUUGCUCAGGACACGUUGAGAGGCGACAACGUGACGGAGAUCCGAAUGAAAUUCAUCAAGCGCAUAGAGGAGAGCAUCCCUGUUGGGGACGAGUGAUGUGGAGGAGAGAAGAGGGAGAGGGGCGAGGCGCUGGUCUGUGAGCGGAAAGCUGAGCUGGAUGUAAUAGGGGUGGCCAGGCACAGCCCUCAGGACCGUUCUACUGCAGGCUAUUGAUUCAACCCAGCCCUCGCGAGGGUGCUUUUAAAACGUUUUAUUAUUGUUAUAAAUUACAGAGCUUGCAACUUGCACUGCCCUGCACCCGGCACUUGGGAUUUCAGAACUACCUUCAGUUAAGUAUAUUCUUUAAAUGAUCAGGAGCUAGGAGUUUGUUAAAUAAUGUUUAAAUAAUAUACUUAAACAAGGGAAGCUCUGAAACUGACUCAAAAAAGGGCUGCAGAAAAGUUGUUUUCUGGUGCCAGUCGUAACAAAAUAUUGGAGUGGAAUAGUCUUAAGGGUUGGACUUUGGCCAUCCCUGUACAAGGGGAGUGUUAUAAAGAAUUGGAUCAUCAGCAGAACAGUGAGCCGGACUGGCUCCUAUGGAAUCGAGUGAUUACUCUGCCUUUAGUAAUUCUAAAAGAAACUUAAGUUUAGGUGACAAAACACUUAAAGCAACAAUGUUUGGUGAAAGAUUACGUUUGACGUUUUUUUAAACUUCUAUCCUGUGAUAUUUUUGGGAAACUAUAGUACUGGUACAUUUCUUAUUAUUUAAAUAUUGGUUAUUCCAGCAAGAAGUGGACAAAGCUGGUCAAACAGAGAGCUACACUGGGCUAUUGCCGGGAGGUAAAUGGUUAACAAGCCAGCAAAGUGAUUGAACAAUAGCGCUGCCCCUUUUCUUUUUUCUUUCUCCCAUUUUGUUAUUGUUGAGUGGAGCUAAAACGCAGUUAGCACGCCCCCUUGUGGAAAGCGAUGGGAGUACACACAUCAGAACAGUCAUUCCAGGGUUUGUUUUUCAUGUUUUCAGUUUAAUUUCUGAUUUUGUUUAAUUUCUUUUCUCUUCUGUGGGGGGAAAACAGAAAGUGUACAGAACUAACCAAGAGUUUAACUUAUUGCGUGAAAUAAACACUUUUUGUUUCUUUUUUUUUUUUAAAUGACUCUGUACCCAUUUUUAUUAAAUAUAUCCUCCCUUAUUCAUUCUGCAGUGGUAAUAAAUUUCUGAUAUAUGCAGA